AUGGGGACGGCGCUUCUCCAGCGCGGGGGCUGCUUUCUCCUGUGCCUCUCGCUGCUGCUCCUGGGCUGCUGGGCAGAGCUGGGCAGCGGGCUGGAGUUCCCGGGCGCUGAGGGCCAGUGGACGCGCUUCCCCAAGUGGAACGCCUGCUGCGAGAGCGAGAUGAGCUUCCAGCUCAAGACGCGCAGCGCCCGCGGCCUAGUGCUCUACUUUGACGACGAGGGCUUCUGUGACUUCCUGGAGCUCAUUCUGACGCGCGGUGGCCGCCUGCAGCUCAGUUUCUCCAUCUUCUGCGCGGAGCCUGCCACGCUCCUGGCUGACACGCCGGUCAACGACGGCGCAUGGCACAACGUGCGUAUCCGCCGGCAGUUCCGCAACACCACGCUUUUCAUCGACCAGGUGGAGGCCAAGUGGGUGGAGGUCAAGUCGAAGCGCAGGGACAUGACGGUGUUCAGCGGCCUCUUUGUGGGGGGGCUGCCCCCGGAACUGCGAGCUGCGGCGCUCAAGCUGACGCUGGCCUCUGUGAGGGAGCGCGAGCCCUUUAAAGGGUGGAUUCGCGACGUGAGGGUCAACUCCUCCCAGGCCCUGCCGGUGGACAGCGGCGAGGUGAAGCUGGACGACGAGCUGCCCAAUAGCGGUGGGGGGAGCCCGUGCGAGGCGGGUGAGGAGGGCGAGGGCGGGGUGUGCCUCAACGGAGGCGUGUGCUCCGUGGUGGACGACCAGGCAGUGUGCGACUGCUCGCGAACCGGCUUCCGCGGCAAGGACUGCAGCCAAGAAGACAACAAUGUGGAAGGUCUGGCGCACCUGAUGAUGGGCGACCAAGGUAAAAGUAAAGGAAAAGAAGAAUAUAUUGCCACUUUCAAGGGAUCUGAAUACUUCUGCUACGACUUGUCUCAAAACCCCAUUCAAAGCAGCAGCGAUGAAAUAACUCUGUCCUUUAAAACUCUUCAGAGGAAUGGACUGAUGCUUCAUACCGGGAAAUCAGCUGAUUAUGUCAAUCUUGCCCUGAAAAAUGGAGCUGUCUCUCUGGUCAUUAAUUUGGGAUCAGGAGCCUUUGAAGCACUAGUGGAGCCCGUGAAUGGAAAGUUUAAUGAUAAUGCCUGGCAUGAUGUGAAAGUCACCAGGAAUCUGCGUCAGCACUCAGGCAUUGGACACGCUAUGGUAAACAAACUACAUUGUUCGGUGACAAUAUCAGUGGAUGGGAUUCUUACCACAACGGGCUACACGCAAGAAGAUUAUACCAUGCUGGGGUCUGAUGACUUUUUCUAUGUUGGAGGCAGUCCCAGCACAGCAGACCUUCCAGGGUCACCAGUCAGUAACAACUUUAUGGGCUGUCUCAAAGAGGUUGUAUAUAAAAAUAAUGAUGUAAGGCUGGAAUUAUCUCGACUUGCCAAGCAAGGAGACCCUAAGAUGAAGAUCCAUGGAGUGGUGGCAUUUAAAUGUGAGAAUGUUGCAACUUUGGACCCCAUCACCUUUGAAACCCCAGAGUCUUUCAUCUCUUUGCCUAAAUGGAAUGCAAAGAAAACAGGCUCCAUAUCAUUUGAUUUCCGCACAACAGAGCCAAAUGGCCUCAUUUUAUUUAGCCAUGGCAAGCCAAGACACCAAAAAGAUGCCAAGCACCCUCAGAUGAUAAAGGUUGACUUCUUUGCUAUUGAGAUGCUAGAUGGCCAUCUCUACCUCCUCCUGGACAUGGGGUCAGGUACAAUAAAAAUCAAAGCCCUACAGAAGAAGGUGAAUGAUGGAGAAUGGUAUCAUGUGGACUUCCAGAGAGAUGGACGGUCAGGUACCAUUUCUGUCAACACCCUGCGCACACCCUACACGGCGCCUGGCGAGAGCGAGAUUCUGGACCUGGAUGAUGAGCUGUACCUGGGGGGCUUGCCGGAGAACAAGGCUGGCCUCAUUUUCCCCACCGAGGUGUGGACUGCCCUGCUUAACUACGGCUACGUGGGCUGCAUUAGAGAUUUGUUCAUCGAUGGCCAGAGCAAAGAUAUCCGGCAAAUGGCUGAAAUUCAAAGUACUGCUGGAGUGAAGCCCUCCUGCUCAAGGGAAACAGCAAAACCGUGCCUUAGCAACCCUUGCAAAAACAAUGGCAUGUGCAGGGAUGGGUGGAACAGAUAUGUCUGUGAUUGUUCCGGAACAGGCUACCUUGGCAGGUCCUGUGAGAGAGAGGCAACGGUUCUGAGCUAUGAUGGGAGUAUGUUUAUGAAAAUCCAGCUCCCAGUGGUGAUGCACACAGAGGCCGAGGACGUGUCCUUACGAUUCCGAUCCCAGCGUGCGUAUGGCAUCCUCAUGGCAACCACCUCUAGAGACUCGGCAGACACCCUCCGCCUGGAGCUGGAUGCAGGGCGUGUGAAACUGACGGUCAAUCUAGAUUGUAUCAGGAUUAACUGUAAUUCCAGCAAAGGUCCCGAGACCCUUUUUGCCGGCUAUAACCUCAAUGAUAACGAAUGGCACACAGUGCGUGUGGUCCGUCGAGGAAAAAGUUUAAAGUUAACCGUGGAUGACCAACAGGCCAUGACAGGGCAAAUGGCAGGUGAUCACACAAGGCUGGAGUUUCAUAACAUAGAGACUGGCAUCAUCACGGAACGCCGGUAUCUGUCUUCUGUCCCCUCCAAUUUCAUUGGACACCUGCAGAGCCUGACAUUUAAUGGAAUGGCAUACAUUGACUUGUGUAAAAAUGGUGACAUAGAUUACUGUGAGCUCAAUGCCAGAUUUGGCUUCAGGAACAUCAUAGCAGACCCUGUCACCUUCAAGACCAAAUCGAGCUAUGUUGCCUUAGCUACAUUGCAAGCCUACACUUCUAUGCAUCUUUUUUUCCAGUUCAAGACAACAUCCCUAGAUGGACUAAUUCUAUAUAAUAGUGGGGAUGGAAAUGACUUUAUUGUGGUUGAAUUAGUUAAAGGGUACUUACAUUAUGUGUUUGAUUUGGGAAAUGGUGCUAACCUCAUCAAAGGGAGCUCAAAUAAGCCUCUCAACGACAAUCAGUGGCACAACGUGAUGAUAUCAAGGGACACCAGCAAUCUCCACACUGUCAAGAUCGACACGAAAAUCACAACACAAAUCACCGCGGGAGCCAGGAACUUGGACCUCAAAAGUGACUUGUAUAUAGGAGGAGUGGCUAAAGAAACAUACAAAUCUUUGCCGAAACUUGUCCAUGCCAAGGAGGGCUUUCAAGGCUGCUUGGCAUCAGUUGAUUUAAAUGGACGACUUCCAGACCUCAUCUCAGAUGCUCUUUUCUGCAAUGGACAGAUUGAGAGAGGAUGUGAAGGACCCAGCACAACCUGCCAAGAGGACUCCUGUUCUAAUCAAGGCGUGUGCUUACAGCAAUGGGAUGGCUUCAGCUGUGACUGUAGCAUGACUUCCUUCAGUGGGCCACUCUGCAAUGACCCUGGGACGACAUAUAUCUUUAGCAAAGGUGGUGGACAAAUCACGUAUAAGUGGCCUCCUAAUGACCGGCCAAGUACACGAGCAGACAGACUGGCCAUAGGGUUUAGCACUGUGCAAAAAGAAGCUGUGUUGGUGCGAGUGGACAGUUCUUCUGGCCUGGGUGACUACCUAGAGCUGCAUAUACACCAAGGAAAAAUUGGAGUUAAAUUUAAUGUUGGAACAGAUGACAUCGCCAUUGAGGAGUCCAAUGCAAUCAUUAACGAUGGGAAAUACCAUGUAGUCCGUUUUACGAGGAGUGGUGGCAAUGCCACGUUACAGGUGGACAGCUGGCCAGUGAUCGAGCGGUACCCUGCAGGAAACAAUGAUAACGAGCGCCUGGCGAUUGCUAGACAGCGAAUUCCAUAUCGACUUGGUCGAGUAGUUGAUGAAUGGCUACUCGACAAAGGGCGUCAGCUCACAAUCUUCAAUAGCCAAGCAACCAUAAUAAUUGGCGGGAAAGAGCAGGGCCAGCCCUUCCAGGGCCAGCUCUCUGGGCUUUACUACAAUGGCUUGAAAGUUCUGAAUAUGGCAGCCGAAAAUGAUGCCAACAUCGCCAUAGUGGGAAAUGUGAGACUUGUUGGUGAAGUGCCUUCCUCAAUGACAACUGAGUCAACAGCCACUGCCAUGCAGUCAGAGAUGUCCACAUCAAUUAUGGAGACCACCACAACCCUAGCUACUAGCACGGCCAGAAGAGGGAAGCCCCCUACGAAAGAACCCAUUAGCCAGACCACAGAUGACAUCCUUGUGGCCUCAGCAGAAUGUCCCAGCGAUGACGAGGACAUUGACCCCUGUGAGCCGAGCUCAGGUGGGUUAGCUAACCCAACCCGAGCAGGCGGGAGAGAGCCCUACCCAGGCUCAGCGGAAGUGAUUCGGGAGUCCAGCAGCACCACGGGCAUGGUGGUGGGGAUAGUCGCGGCUGCUGCCCUGUGCAUCCUCAUCCUCCUCUACGCCAUGUACAAGUACAGAAACCGGGAUGAAGGCUCAUACCAUGUGGACGAGAGUCGAAACUACAUCAGUAACUCAGCACAGUCCAAUGGGGCUGUCGUAAAGGAGAAACAACCCAGCAGUGCGAAAAGCGCCAACAAAAAUAAGAAAAACAAGGAUAAAGAGUAUUACGUCUGAUCCCAGGAUCUCAAAAAGACCCUUGUAUAGAGAUAGUCUUCAUUUUAUCUGAGACAUAAUAUAAACUUAUUUCCUUUCCUUUUUACGAAGCACAUACAAAAGAAGACAGGGAAUGCAAUCAGGAAGGAAAGACUGUUUUUAAAAAAUAAAAACAAGUAUCUCAUGCUCUUGUUUCUCCAAAAAAAGAAAGAAAAAAACAAAACAGGGGCCAAUAAAUUCCCUAACAUCCACAGUGUUUUCAUUUACUCUGCCUGUCUUUAUGUUGCUGGAACACUCCUAAAAGACAGUGAUGACCGCACGCAUUCAUAAAGCAAAGGAGUAUUACAUCAUCAAGGCACAACACUAAAACAACACAACACACACCACAAAAAAAAAAAAAAAAAAAAAAAAAAAAAAAAAGAAGCUACCUAUGAUCCUGGAUUUAGCCAAAGUGCUAGCGCUUUCCUGAGAAGUCAGUUAGUCCGAUUGCCAGAGAAGACUGUGUCAUUUUGAAUGACCCAACCUGCAAACCUUUGGGUUUGCCACCUGGUGCAACUGGAGCGGUGGUUGGAACUUGCAUUUGAAAACAAAGUGCUGGCUUUUUUGAAGACUUGUGUAGGAACACAUUCAAAAAGCCCCUUUCUGGUUGUGAGGAAAAAAAAAAAGUAUGGAAGCCUUAUUUUCAACAAUGUGAAAUAUAAGGCACAUUUUCACACUAAAAUCUCAAAACAAACAAACAGAAAAAACCAAGAGGGCAUAGAUGCAAUCAUUGGGAAAUUUUCAUGCACGCUUAAUAUGUUAUUACAUAUGUUUAUAUAAAAUCCAUCUCUGUGUGCUUUCUGGACUGUGAUAAGUGACGUUUUAUAGCCUGUUGUAUAGAAAAUGCAAAAUAUAUCUCUGCUCUUCAGCCAUUUUUGGUAAAUUCAAUGUUUUAAGUGUUGCUAAGUAUAGGGAGUUUUAUGACAUCAGAGCAACAAUUAUUUCAGGGUUGUUUUGUUUUAUUGCCACCAUUAUAAAUUGCCACAA